GCUCAAAACAACAUAAGCACUAUUAUUCAAAUUACCAUGCUUGCAAAGUCACCUUUUCCUCUCGCUAACCGUGAUGGCCGGUAUGGUCAUGGCUACCUACAAUAAUAACUGUCAUGGAAGCAGCAGAUGUAACAAGUCUAUGGGCCCUACUUGCAUCAAUGCCUCCAACCGGUUCAUCGAUGGAAACACCUACGGCCAAUACACUUCCAAGGUCUAUGGAGACUAUACAGCUAUCUAUAGUUGCACGUCCACCUAUCCAUCGCUUCGCGGCAGUGACAUGAAAAAUUUGUUCUCCAAUAUUUACGGCAACCAGGGCUGCAAAGGAUGUGGCAGCCAUGCUUUCAAUGGCGGCAGCUGCGAAGUAACUUACAACUUCUGUGCUAACUGUAGGGACUCUGGACCAAAUUAAGCUCAUAUGGUGCAAUGUAGCGCGACCACAAUGGUUUCAGAAAGCAUUUUAAAUAAACCCUUUUUGAUGUCUGUAUCCGUAAGCAUAUUUUAUGCUCUGCUUAUACAUCGUACCACAUUAAAUCCAAGAA